ACGUCAAUACACGUCAACCGGAGAACAUGAUGCCUCUUUGCAAGUCAACUCGUGUGCUUUCUAGCUGAUAGAGGCACCUCAAGCUGAAAUAUUAUAGCCCUAUUGUGUUGGAGAACGUGGUGUGACAGCCGCUGGGCUCAGCAAAUGGCCUGCUUCGUAUCGCCGCGCUGACGGAGAGUGUCGCCACAUUGGCGUUCAAGCUGGCAGGGCGACACAGAAAUCAACUUUUGUCUAUUUUUAAUGGACACGCUUCGAGCGGCGGCAGCGGCGGCGGCGGCGGGCGGUUUGUUUUCCUUUCGUCUUUAUCUGUAGCUGCUCGAGCAGAGCCCGUGUGAGCCCCCUCGUGUGUGUGUGUGUGUGUGUGUGUGUGUGUGUGUGCGCCCCCCCCCCCCUCCGACACCCCUCCACCCACCCUGCUCGCCUGGCUACUCUUCCACAAGCAGUCCCAUUUAGAACAGCAUGGUCAUGGCUGACAGUGUCCAGAAACCGCUGAUCCGGGGUCCGGUCCGAGUGGGCUUCUACGACAUCGAGCGCACUUUAGGAAAGGGCAAUUUCGCCGUGGUGAAGCUGGCCCGACACCGCAUAACCAAGACCGAGGUGGCCAUUAAGAUCAUCGACAAGACCCAGCUGGAUGCUGUCAACCUGGAGAAGAUCUACAGAGAAGUUCAGAUCAUGAAGAUGCUGGACCACCCUCACAUCAUAAAGCUGUACCAGGUGAUGGAGACGAAGAACAUGCUUUACUUAGUCACGGAGUAUGCCAAGAAUGGGGAAAUCUUCGACUACCUGGCAAAGCACGGCCGCCUCAGCGAGCUGGAGGCCCGGAGGAAGUUCUGGCAGAUCCUGUCGGCGGUCGAAUACUGUCACAACCGAAACAUCGUCCACAGAGACCUGAAGGCUGAGAAUCUGCUGCUGGACGGACACAUGAACAUCAAGAUUGCAGAUUUUGGAUUCGGGAACUUCUUCCAGCCUGGGGAGCCUCUGGCCACAUGGUGCGGCAGCCCGCCCUACGCUGCUCCAGAGGUCUUUGAGGGACAGCAGUAUGAGGGCCCACAGCUGGACAUCUGGAGUAUGGGUGUGGUGCUUUAUGUGCUGGUGUGUGGUGCGUUGCCCUUUGACGGGCCCACACUGCCCGUUCUCCGACAACGAGUCCUAGAAGGAAGGUUUCGGAUCCCCUACUUCAUGACUGAAGACUGUGAGCACCUGAUCCGCAGGAUGUUGGUCCUGGACCCGUCAAAGCGCCUUUCUGUGGCCCAGAUUAAGGAGCACAAGUGGAUGGCUCUGGAUGUUCCAGUGCAGAGGCCUGUCCUCUACCAACAACCUCUGUCUACGGAGGGAGAGGCCGGCGUAGGAGAAUACAGCGAGCAGGUCCUCCGUCUGAUGCACAGCCUCGGCAUCGACCAGCACAAGACCAUAGAGUCUCUGCAAAACAAAAGCUACAACCACUUCGCUGCUAUCUACUACCUGCUGGUGGAGCGGCUCAAGGCCCAUCGCUGCAGCUUCCCCGUCGAACAGAGGCUCGACGCCCGCCAGCGACGGCCCAGCACCAUCGCCGAACAGACUGUCGUCAAGUCGACCAGUGGUUCAGCCCAGGUGGGUCUGCUCCCGCAGGGCGUUCGUCUGUUGCGCUCCCCUGCUGUGCCCCAAGCCUCUUCCGAUGCUUUCACUUUCCCCCAGACUGCAUGUCCCCUGGAGCAGAAUUUCAUGGUGGAGGAUGUCAACACGCCCAAAGUAAACGGCUGUCUGCUGGACCCCCUACCUCCCCCCACUGUCCUCCGCAAGUCCUCCACCUCGUCGCCUAGCAACAUGAUGGAGACAUCGAUUGAUGAGGGCAUUGAGACUGAGGAGCCUGACACAGAGGAUGAUCCGUCCCACUUGCUCUCAGCCUAUCAGACGGCUCGAUUUGGCCAGCGGCGACACACCCUGUCUGAGGUCACCAACCAGCCUGGCCCUUCCAACCAAGGCAAAUUAUUUGCUCUAGGCCACAACCCCUCCAUGGGCAGCGUGGACUCGGACAUCGGCUACGAUAUGGGCUCCAUGCACAGCGACCUCGGCCUGCUGGAGGAUCCCCCCUCUCUCAGUGAAGCCCCCGGCGUCUCCACUACGCCUUUCUUGAGUGCUCUGCCUGCCAACCCGGCCAUGGCUGCCCUGACGUCCCAACACAGGGAGACACACAACCGCUCACCCAUCAGCUUCAGAGAAGGACGCCGCGCCUCUGAUACCUCCCUCACCCAAGGUCUGGUCGCCUUUCGGCAGCACCUUCAGAACUUGGCGAGAACCAAAGGCAUCCUGGAGCUGAACAAGGUCCAGAUGCUGGUGGAGCAGAUGGGCUCUGGGGAAGGGGCUGCCAUGGGCCCCCUGGGACCACAGCACCACUUGCACAACCUCCUGGAGGGUGAGGCAUGCAAGCAGCAGGAGGGCUUAGCUUUAUACCAGGGUGGGCCGCAGCCACCUCUCCUGUCGCGCAGACAGAGUUUGGAGACACAGUACCUCACUCACAGACUACAGAAGGCCAACGUCUUGGCUAACAGUCCUGCUAGCUGCCAACUUUUCUGUAAGGAGACUCCUCGAAGCUUAGAGCAACAGCUGCAGGAACACAGCAGCUGCCACUGCCCUCCCUACAGACUGAACCAGAAGAGGAUGUACCUGCAGCAGCAGUCUCAGGGCAUGGGACUGCAGGCCUACUUCAACCAGAUGCAGAUAGCUGAAGGAUCUUACCCGGCGGGCAGCUCUGCCCUGGACCCCGCGGCGUCUCAAAGUUCCCCUCAGGGCCCCCCCAUGUCAGCCACGCACCAGCCUCAGCCCCAGCAGCAGGGCAGUCCUCAGGCCUCGCCUCCAUUCAGCCACAGCUUAAGUCCUCUGAUGGAGCCGGGCGAGAGCCUGGUUUAUGAUCCCUACAUGAGCCAUCACCACUAUAUCCAACACCUGCCUCCCGGCUCUCACCUGCACCACCAGCUCCACCACCCUCACCCUCACGACGCUGGUAUCGGUAGCCUGGGCUUUAGCUACCCCGCGGGCUGCGAGCAGCAGGUGCUGGGGCCUUCCACCGAGGCUCUUCUACCAGAGCACUAUGAGUUCUCGCUGCCCCCACCCGCUCCAUUAGAGGCCAAUGCUGGAGCCGUGGCUGGAGUCUUGUCUGGUUCGGGGCAGUCAGACGGUCUGGGCCUACCCGAGCUGCAAGACUCCCUCCUGGACAGUGAGAUGAUGGAGACUGUGGACUCACAGCACGGCUUUGUACUGGUCAACUAAAGUCAGCUGGGGGGGGUUAAAAGAAAGCAGUAUUAAGCAAUGAGAACCUACACGGCGUUAAGAACAGAGAGAACGGAGAUGUAAGCGGAGGCCAUAAGAGUAGCAACAGGGAAGGAAGUGUUAAUUUCUGUUCAACUAAUACAAACUUUAUUUCUUAGUUGUGAUGUUGAUGAACCUCGACCAUUCUACCAAAAUCCUCCCUUAACCUACCUCCCUUUCUCCCUCUACUCCUCUGUUCUCGUUCUCAUCAGCCUUGCGAGGCAGGGACGGGCCUGACAUGCGGCGCGAUGUGAGCUCGUCUGCGCCGACUCGGGGGCGAAGCAGCCGUUGUCACGUACGUUUGUGCCACUUGCGAGGACUUGCGGCGCGCAGCCCCGGAGGGGUGGGUGGUGCUGCGCGGCGCGGGAGCGCUGCUAGAGCGCGGCGCUUCGCCGAGAAAUGGUUUUGGAAGUGGACUCAUUUUAGGACUGACCGAGUGGCAACCAAAAGCACAACGGCUGGCAGUGCUUUUUUGUAUUUCAAAUAGGACACCGACGCCGACAAUAGACUGGAUCUCAAAACAUUUUCGUGCAUUUUUUAUUUUUUUUUUUAAAGAUUCCAGUAGAAAAAAAAAAAAAUAACAAGUGAAAGUGGCCCUCAUUUAUCACGGUACCAUGGAUAUCACCACGCAUUCAAAUGUUCGUCAUGCAGCGAUUAUAGAUGUUAUUUACACACUAACGUGCACAGGCUAAACAUGGUGGUCAUGCAUAGGACUCAACACUAGCAUAUACACUAUUCCUUCACAUAAGAGCUUUUGUCGUUUGCCUCAACAAAUACCUUAAACAUGCUACAUUUAUGCUUUUAACAGUGACACACAAGCUAUUUUUAGUAUGACUAAUGAGAAUAUUAUUGUAGGAUAUGACAUACGAGUAUUUUUUUUGUAAGCUGUAACUACUGAUCCUGAUUUAUUCCUCACACUACUGAAAUGCUUUCACCACCCUUUCCAUACGAUUGUGCACACUUACGCCAGGUUUAUGCUCAGCUCAGUGAGGACAUUACCAGUCGAAAUGUGGGUCAUGCGUUCGCCUGAUAAAUGAGGGCUGGUGUAAUUAAAAUUCAAAUGCUAGGCUGAGGAGUUGCGGUGUUCGAUAUUAUUCUGUUUUUUCGUGGCAAUACUGAAGCAAUAUUAAUCCUUAACGUGGAGGGGAUCGUGAACGGAAGCCUCACCUGAACAGCCAGCUCCGAUUGGUUGCCGGGGACCACUUUGAGUCGUCAGCAGUGACAUCACUAGAGCUGAUGAUGUAACCAGGAGAUAAUCUCUCUCUUUCUUUCUCUCCCUGUCUCUCAUUUGGCGGGGAGCGCAGCGAUAAGCCUGGAGACAGCUGUGUCGACGGCACUGUGCAAACGUUUUAAGUUGAGGAUGCAUUCAAAAGGAAUUCAUUUAAAAAAAAAAAAAGAGUAUAUAUACAAAAAUCAAAUCAUCAUGACCACCCGUUGCCUUCAAAACAGAACCAGUUUUCCUCCUCGGUACAUUUGCACACAGCUUUUUCGAAGGUACUCGGCAGGUUUGUUGUUGGAAGCAUCCCGGAGUUGCAGACUGACUCCAUGAUGCUGGGAUCAGUGCUGCAGGCCGAUCAGAUUCCUCCCCGGUGGUUUUGAAAGAUUGUGAAACAUGCAUUUCUUAAAACUUUUGCACAGUACCGUGUGUGUGUGUGUGUGUGUGUGUGUGUGUGUGUGCACGCGUGCGUAUGAUCAUGUAUGUUUUUUUUGCACAAUUCAGAUUUUCUGCAUCCAUCAUUUGUUGUCAUUACUGAGAAAGACAAACACUGUAUCGAACGGCUUCAUUCAAACAGACUAACAAACAAAAAGAUCCCAGACUGUGCUCCUCCCUCAGUGCAGUUGUAGCGUUUCUUUUUUUUUUUUUUUUCUCCUCCGACUGAUUCUGGUUUACAUCCUCCGACGCUCCGGCCAAAUCUCCGCGCCGUUUUAAUGAUGAAUUAUGUUUAUCGUAAAGAUUCCCCGCGUUCGAUUUCACUAAAGAAUGUCUCCUCUCUGACGUCGAGGCUGCUGUGAGACAAAGAGCAGCAGAACAUCAGUCACCUGACACUGGAUUUUGACUGUUUCUAGCCCAACACCACCACCAACACCACCACCACCACUCUCUGACUGACAGCGAGCCAGCAACAAGACCAGAGAUCUUCUUUUCUUUUUAUUUUCUUUCACAGCUCUUGGACUGUGUUCAAUCUACUUGAAGCACACACACACACACAGACACACACAGAUGUAUCUGACAAAACAAACACUUUCAUUUGGAGGAUGAACGUCACAAGGUUGAGAUUAUUUCACUGCGACCAUCUGCCAGACUGUGUGACCUUCAGUGGUCGUGAGUGAAACUGUAGCACCGUUCAGUCACGCCGGCCUGCAGUCACUCAGGGCACAUAUCUUAAAAGAGUUCACAACCAGAUUGGGAGUCUCUGUAGUCAACGGUCUCUAGUGAUGGCAACAAAAUGUGGAUCAAAUGUGGUCGCGGCCCUGUGUGAGAGGGAAGAAUCCACCCUGAAACGCUUUUAAUAGCUGCAGCUAAUGACCAGAUAAUCAACCCAGUUGUUCUGCUCACAAUGGUUGAUGUGUCCGAUCCAAAAAAAACACAAGGCUCAAUCACAAUACUCGUUGAAAUGCGCGGUGCUGGGAGCAGAUCCCCAGAAAAGUUCACGCUAAAAAAAACAAAAAAAACAAAUCACAAGUUGCUCCCACACUGUUUAUUGGGCCGACGUUUCGGUCUGUCGGCCUCCAUCGGAACUGAUAAAAUGAUUAAACAGGGCUUAAAUGUGAGCGUGGGAGCAACUUGUGAUCCAAAAAAAAAGGCACAUAGAAGACAGGAGACGUUUCUGUCGAACUACAUUUUAGCUUUACAUCAUAGGAUCGGUGUCGAUGAGCAACCGCUGAGCCGUUUAACGUCAGCGCACAUGGGCAGAGAUGCUGAAUAACUCCGGCAACAAUGGCCUCAGCAGAGCAGAGCGUGCAGCAGCAACAAGACACGUUGCAAAACCGGUCCUGCGGCUGCAUUAAUAGUUCCGCCCUUACAUUUACAAACUAGUCGGCAGGCUGGACGUGUUUAUAAGGACGUACGCCCACAUUUUUAUUGACGGUAAUGAGCUCACGCCCAGAUUGUUGGUCAUGCCGAAACUCUCCUACAAACAAAAGUCCAAAUGACGCCGGCUGCGAGAUGAAAAAACAAUAACUCUGGCCUUUCUAAAAAGUGUUACGGGGUGGAUUUCUCCUUGAACCUGUUGAUGAUAGUUUUAUUUUCCUAAUGGUAACGGCUAACGGCUACAGGACGAUCUGUGGAAGUGGAAUACUGGAGCACUUUGACAACAAGGAGGUGAAGAGAUGUAGCGAGAGAGGAGGAGGUGAUUGAGGUGGAGGUGGAGGAGGUUUGCACCUCCAUGCCGUUUCCUGGCAGAUGAAAGGAGCCGUAAAUCUGUAGGAAGCACCUUUCUCCUCUCUCUUCCCCACCAAUAAUGGACACAAAGCAGAUUUCUUUCAAAGAAAGACCAGACAUAGUAAAACUUUAUUUUGUUUGUUGAUUUUAAAUCCAAGAAAGAGAAACACUUCUCAGUUUAUUAUGACGAGUGUUCUUUGUACAGGUUAGGGGCUGUAGUGAAUCUUCCGUGCGCGCUCGAGUUGCACUGAGGUGAAUAUUUUUUUUUGUGUGUGUGUGUUGAACGUGAAUAGUGUUCAGUGUGCCUUUUACUUUUUUUUUUUUUUUUUUCGUAUUUUCAAUCUAAAUUAAGAUUUUUGAAUAGUUCUGGUUGGACCCUUUUAUUUCGACUUCUUCUUUCUGUUCUGUAUAUUUUUAUUUUUCUCUGAAAGUAAGUAGAGCCAGGUUUUACAAAGGUACAAAACCAAAGUCCCUCAGAAGUUUCCCUGUACGACCCACCGUGUGGAGUUUUGGAGCUUCUUUGUCAGCUUCUCUACCGUGCUUCUUCUUCUUCUUUUUUUUUUUUUUGUUUUUGUUUUGUUUUGUUGUUGUUUCUUGUUGGUCAAUCAGUGUAUGCCAUUUAAAAGUAUUAUAGCAAUAUUUCUCUAGUUGAAGACUAAAGUCAUGAAGAUUCUAGUGGAUGUGUUUCCAAGUAUCAUAAUUUCACCUCCUGCUGAUAAAACAACAAAAAAAAAAUCUAUCAAUAGAAAUCCAGUUUUAUAUUUACCUUCAUUGAUGUUGACCACACAUAAGCUAACUUGCUGUUGAGAUUAAAAAGGUUUAUUGAACAGAA